AUGAGCGGUCCGCGGUCCUCUCUUGGCGUCCCUGCACGCUCUUCAUCCACCAGAACGAGCGCAACAAGUGCAUUGCGCCCAGGUACCGACACCGGCGCUUCGGUUCCAGCGGCCAAAGCCGAAGCGUCGUUUGGUCCUACAUCUUCGACGCGCCUUGAAUCCGGUCUGCGAAUCCCGCGACAUCAGCAGGCCAAAGUCGAAGUGCUUCCGUUUAGAAUAUCCAGCAAAGCUGCCAAAGAGUAUUUGACCACACUCGCCACCUCUGAGGUGAUGCCUCGCGUGAUGAGCAGGUGGUCUGUCAUCAAGCACCAGCUGCUCUCGCUCAUCGGCAUCAAGAGCAUGUCCGACCCGGACGGCGAGAUCGUCAAGCUCGAAAGAAUGACGGCGCUCUACUUGCCGACAUGGAUUGUCGACGCUUCGUUCGAGAUCAAGUGCCGCGGCAACGACGGUAGAGCGGAAGCGAACAUCGUCACCACUUCGUCGCGCUUUCCGGGCCACUCGUGGAAGCCGAUGGACUCAAUGCCCAUGGUCCCGCCUGCUCCAUACGACAUGGUUCCCACACAGGAUCUGCAAAAGGACCCCAACUACUCCGCAGACACACCCAAAGCAAAGUGGGACAACUUGAGCAUGGUCGACUACGAAUCGUACGAAUCGCAUUUGAGACGAAAAGGCGAGUCCGAUGUCAAGAUCAAAGGCGGGAUUCCUGAUCCGCUUCCUUUUACCAUAUCGCCGCUAUGCCUACCGGAUAUGCUCCGUCAGCAGCUCGAGCUGAAAGAUGCCACGUUCACACCGGAUCUUGCGGCUGGCUUCGAGCUUCCUGGCGGCAAUUUUCACGGGUUGGGGCUAACGAUGGCACUCGUCAACGAGGAGGGGGACCCGAUCAAGGCUCCUCCCGUGCGCUUUGAGCCGGACACGUUCAAGCUCGACAUGAUCGCCUGCUACCCGAUCCUCAUGCCGCUACACAUGGCCGAGUUCAGCUACGUCGAUGAAGCGGAGGGCGCCAAACAUAACAUCACCAUGGUGCUGGGAGCGUGGGACACCAACGGCCUCCAGUUCUGCAUGAAGGAGAAGGACGAGGACUGGAAGUGGUCGUUCAUGAAGACCGAGCCGCUGCAGGUGGAUCUGAUGGACAUGUUCCCGCGCUCGCCCAUCAAGACGUCGCUCAACGAGAUGUUUGAGCAAGAACGAGAAAAGGAACGAGCGCAGAGGCGCAAGAAAUUUGCGCAGCAGAAAGCCGAGGCUGGGGAUGGCGGGCCGCUCAAGUCGAUGCAGGAAUGGGAAGCUGAGUACGAUCGAAUGGAUGCCGAGCGUCAGAAGGCGUUUAGGUCGGAUUUAAAGUCGAGGAUGCUGGAAAAGGUGCGCUCCGAGCUGCCGAUUAAGGUGGCAGUGGAGCAGCGCAGUUUGGAGAUGCUGGAGCGGGCGGAUUGGAUCAUGUGGGAGCGAGAUGAGCGCGAAGCUUUUGAGAUGCGAACUUCCUCGAGCGCUCCUAACACCCAGUCGAUGGCAGCAGACGAAAAGGACCGAUACGCCCGCUUCACGGCGCUGGCAACAAAAGCACCUACCGAACCACGACCGUUCCAGUGGCUCUCCGAGGAACAAGACCGAACGCUUGAACUCGAUCACCCGGAUCGCAAAGCCGGUCUGGGACGCUACAUCUACUGGACCUCACCGCACAUUCAACGCCUGUCACACAACGUGUAUGCGAAUCGUCGCUACCUCACCGAAGCCAUCCCCGCCGUGCUCCACAGCCGCAAACAGAUGGCCAGCAUCCAGGAGAGCGGAUACGACGUCGACAGCUCGCUGACGAGGGUCGAUGGGACCAAGGUCAAGGGGGAGGAGGCGUACAAGACGAUCGCAGGCGAGGAUUUGAGUGUUCGACAGCACAGGGAGGCGCUCAAGCCCAGGUGGCUGAAGGCGCUGCAGGAGAAGGCUGGAAGAAAGUGA